GUGCAGCCUGACUCACGGACAUCCUGCGCUACGGAACGGCAUAGCCAGAGUGGAACGGCCCGUUCUGCACAGAAAUGCGCUGAUCAUGUGACUUACUGACCGACAAGACUCUACUCUAUGGUGUUUGGAAGCCCUAUGGCUGGUACCAUAGAAUCACAAGAAGUGGUGAGAGCUGAGGCGCGGGGCAUGCUGGGACGUUUGCUUGGCGGCCGGCGCUGAUUCCUCACAGCAGUGUGGCGCUAACUGGGUCCCUCUGUACCCCGGGCUCGGUACUCAGUGUACCCCCUCGGUGAGGGGAGGAGGAGGGGCCCGGUUCCCCUGCCGGUUAUUAUUACAAUAAGGAGAAAAUGCCAAAUUUCUGCGCUGCCCCGAACUGUACGCGGAAAAGCACCCAGUCGGACCUGGCCUUCUUCCGCUUCCCCCGGGACCCGGACAGGUGCCAGAGAUGGGUUGAGAACUGCAGAAGAGCCGACUUGGAGGACAAAACCCCCGACCAGCUCAAUAAACAUUACCGGCUGUGCGCUCAGCACUUCGAGGAUUCCAUGAUCUGCAGGAGUAGUCCGUACAGGACCGUCCUUAGGGAAAAUGCCAUUCCGACCAUAUUUGACCUUACGAGUCACCUGAAUAACCCCGGGAGGCGCAGGAAGAGAAUAAAGGAGCUGACUGAAGAAGAAAUUCGCAUGCUAAAGGAACGGAAAUAUGAUGCCAUAGUUCCCGAUCAAGAAAAUCACAAAUCCAAUAAUGACACUGAAGAUCACCAAGUGGAGGUAUUACAGAUCGGUCAAGGGCCGACUUUAACGCCCGAAGAAAAGGAAAACAAAGACUAUCUAAAGUCCCUGUUUGAAAUUUUAAUACUAAUGGGCAAGCAGAACAUCCCUUUGGAAGGCCAUAACUCUGAAGUACCCACUGGGGUAUUUAUCCCCGACAGCUUCCAGGCUUUGCUGGAGUACCGGAUCAAUUCCGGGGAUGAUCUAUUGAGGAAACGAUUUGAGACGACGGCUGUGAACCUAGAGUACUGCUCUAGAACGCAGCAGAGACACAUGUUGGAGAUAUGCGAGAGCUGCAUACGGGACGAGAUUCUGCGAGAGGUCCGAGAUGCCAAUUUCUUUUCCGUCGUUAUGGAGGACGCGGUCAGUUUGGGUGGGGAGGAACACAUGCCUGUGUUUGUUAGGUUCAUAGACGAGACGAAUAAUCUCAGAGAAGAGUUUCUCGGAUUUUUACCUUGCGAAGGCGACGCUAAAGCUUUGGCCCUUAAUUUCCACACAACGAUGACGGAAAAGUGGGGCCUAAACAUGGAAUUCUGCCGCGGGCAGGCUUACGUCACCUCCAGCGGACUCUCGGCCAACAUGAAAUUUGUAGCCUCUCAGCUGUUGGAGAUGUAUCCGCAGGUGGUUCAUACUCUGAGUUCUACGUGUGCCUUAAAUAUAUGGCUGGCCAAAGCCAUUCCCGUGGCUGGAGUUUCCAUCGUUCUUGGCGCCAUGAAGGAUCUUUAUUCCUUUUUUCAAAAAUUGCCCCAGUUGAAAGUGGAAUUAGAAAGGACCAUCAAGGUCCUGUUUCAGGGUAAUGAGGAGAAGGCUGACGAUUAUAAGAACGUCAUUCAGACGGAGUGGAUAAGCAGACACGAUACGUUCGAGAUUAUAGUCGGCCUUCUUCAGGCCUUUAUCCUCUGCUUGGACAAAAUCACUUCGGAUAAUUCUUUCAAAUGCAACACAAAGGUAACCAGCCGCGCGUUCAUUCUCUCAAGCGCCCUGAGCGACUUUGACUUUAUUGUGACGAACGUGAUAUUAAAGAAUGCCCUGUCCUUCACGCGGGCGUUUGGGAAGAACUUACAAGGACUGACGUCGGACAUAUUCUCCGCAGCCAACAGUCUGACAGCCGUGCUUCACUCGUUGAAUGAGGUGAAAGAUAACAUCGAGGUGUAUCAUGAGUUUUGGUUUGAGGAGGCCACAAACCUCGCAGAGAAGCUCAGCGUCCAAGUUAAACUGCCGAGCAGAUUCCAUACGUUGCAGCUCACCAAUCUCCAGCCGGAUUUAACGGUGGAAAGCUUCUACAAAGAUGCACUCAGCGUCCCAACUAUUCACCAUAUCAUACAAGGACUGAAGGAUAUAUUUUCAGAACAGCAUUUGAAAGCACUGAAAUGCUUAUCGUUAGUCCCCUCUGUGAUGGGCCAAUUGAAAUUCAGCACCAGCGAGGAGCACAACACGGACAUGUACAAGUGCGACCUUCCCAACCCCGACACUCUCUCGGCGGAGCUUCACUGCUGGAGGGUUAAGUGGAAACACAGAGGGAAAGAUGUGGAGCUUCCGUCGAACAUCUACGAGUCUCUCCACUUGUCCGACAUAAAGUUCUUCCCCAACGUGUUUGCUCUGCUGAAGGUUCUCUGCAUCCUCCCUGUCAUCAAAGUGGACAAUGAGAAGUUCGAAGUGGGGCGGAAGCGCCUGAAGGCGUAUCUGGGAAACACCGCCGUAGAGCACCGGUCGUGCCAACUGGCGAUGCUGAACAUAAACUACGAUUCCAAACAAGAUUUAGAUUUAAUGGUCGACACUUACAUUACAAUGUACGAGGAAAACAGAGCGGCGGCCAUUUCAGAAAUGUCGGAAGGGGUUUGAUAUUUAUCGAAGGGGUAUUUAUCAGUCGCUUUUCCUAUUCCGUUAUUUCGAAAGUAACAAAAAUAGAAAAAUUGCCGUCGGAAACCCAAAGCUACUUGUUUUGUGUCUUUUUGUUAAUGAAAUGGAGGAUGUUUCUCUUAAUGAAAGGUCAUUGAUGAGUUUUGAACAUGUGACCUUCGUCCGCUUGAUAUUGCAGUACUUUCAGUUGACCGUUUCAGGCUGACAGUUACGUUAGGAUUUAUUUUUUCUUCAAUUUUUGUAAAAUACGUGCAGCCGUGUAUAUACGUACAUGGGGUUACUGGGUAUUUUAUGGAUAUUUAGAGUGGACGCCAUGAGAAAGUGAGUAGCGCUUUACUGGAAGCUCUGAUUGGCCAGAGGGUAAGUGCAGAUGAACCAGAAGGCUCUUCUUUCAUUGUUAAAGGAGAUGAACUAGUUGUGAUUUUCCCACAACUCAUUAAAGAUGUACAAAAUUCCUGUUUGUAUUUUUAUAUGGAGAUAAAACUCUGCUGUUUGUAGAGGAAACUUGUUUAAAGAAAGCAAUAAAAUAUUCUUAAACGUG